CUUCUUCAGUACAGUUUCAGAAAUUCGUAGAGAGAGAGAGAGUCGCCGGCCGUCGAUCUGAAAAUGGAGAACAGCGACGUCUUAGGAUCGUCCACUGCACCAUUGACGUGGCAUGAUUUCCUUCAGCGAAUGCGUGAUCCAAGCGCUGCCGAGUUCGUCAAAUCCAUCAAAAGUUUUAUUGUAUCAUUUUUGAACAAUGCUCCAGACGCAGAGAGGGAUAGUGCAGCCGUGCAGGAAUUCCUUGGAAAUAUGGAAACAGCAUUUAGAGCUCAUUCACUUUGGGCUGGAUGUUCUGAGGAGGAGUUGGAGAGUGCUGGUGAAGGACUUGAGAAGUAUGUCAUGACAAAGCUGUUUACACGAACAUUUGCUUCACUUCCUGAAGAUGUGAACGUUGAUGAACAGCUUCAUGAGAAAAUUGCUUUGAUUCAACAAUUUGUUAGGCCUGAGAAUUUGGAUAUCAAGCCAACAUUUCAAAAUGAAUCGUCAUGGUUGCUUGCACAGAAGGAGCUACAAAAGAUAAAUAUGUACAGGGCACCAAGAGACAAACUUGUGUGUAUUCUUAAUUGUUGCAAGGUUAUCAAUAAUAUCCUGACUUCUGUUUCAGCAAAGGAUAACCCUCCAGGAGCCGAUGAUUUUCUUCCCGUUCUCAUAUAUGUCACCAUAAAGGCUAACCCCCCUCAGCUGCACUCAAAUCUGCUGUAUAUACAAAGGUUUAGGCGGCAAACUCGCCUGGUUUCUGAAGCGGCAUACUUCUUCACAAACAUUCUAUCUGCAGAAUCUUUCAUUUCGAAUAUUGAUGCACAAGCUCUUUCUAUGGAUGAGACCGAGUUUGAAACAAAUAUGGAGUCUGCUCGAGCACUUCUUUCUGGUCUUUCAGCCGACAACAAUGUACUGGACCAGAGUGAUCAGAAUGCUGGACCUGUUCCUGGUGCAGACACUUCUGACGCCAAACAAAGUUUUAGGUCAAAUAGGCCUCCACACCCUGCUACGCAGCCAAAUUUCUCAGUUGCAUCAACAGAAACAAACAUUAAGAACGAGGAUCAGAAUUCUAAAAGUCAGUCAUCAAUGGAAAAGAUCCCGUCACUGUCGGACUUAGAAAACAGAGGGGCUAGUAUGCUUAUCAAGGAGGAUAGCAUCAGCCAAGUGUUCCAAAGUUUCCCCUACCUAUAUUCCCAGGCUGGUGAUCUAACAGUGGGUGAUAUUGAAGAACUGCUAACCAAUUACAAGCGCCUAGUUAUCAAGUAUAUUUGCCUUGCUAAAGGAUCAGGCAUUGACAAUCCAUCUCCUCCAUUGCCCAACAAUGAAGAACAAACUCUGCCCCCUGAGUUUGAAUUCAACACCGAAUCUGAAGCUGCCUCAACAGGAGAGCCAAUUGAUGAGACACAGAAAGACGAGCCAAUCGAUGAGACACUGAAAGACAGGGUCGAGGAUUCUUCAGUACUUCCAAAGUCCCUUGAGUCUGAUGAAUCAAAGUUAAAGGAAAAUGAAGAACUUUCAAGUAAGGGUGAAGAAGGGAGUUAAGUUUUACAGAUAAAUUCAGUGGAAAACUCAUGUAGAAUCAAUCAUGUGAUGUCUAAAGUUGUAUCUGUAUUUUUAACAGCAAAAUGAGGAUCCACUUGAUUCUUCUGGACAGUAGAAUAACCUGGGUAAAUCUAAGCUGCCACUUUUUUUAUAUUUUACUUUUUAUAAAUA